AUAAGCGGCCGCCCCACGAGGAGCAUCACAAGCAUCCAUUCAAAUCAUUGUCCAAGGUACAAGUUCUAAAACAAAUGUCUUGAUAAUAUUCAACGGAAAAAUGAAUGGUGCUAUUGAGGCAUUGUAUAUUUAUGAUGAACAUAAGUAAGUAAUUCCCUCUGAUUUAUAGCUUUAAUUUUUUCUGCGCACUGCCUCUCUCACUCUCCUGGCUCCCAGAUUCCCAAGCUCCCAUGCUAACUAAUGCAAGUCGACCUCUCCUCCAAAACACCUAUACCUCGCGGCCUCUCUCCUCUACACAGCUCCUCCCGCUUUACCUCGCCCAUCCUGCCCCACGACCUAGUCUGAUAUACCUUCCCAACACAUUUCCGCCCACUCUUCUUUUCAGCCUCAUUCAUUCAAACCUGCUAUUCUGCCUCACUUCCUCCUCAGAAAUUGAACCCCUCCUAGCUCUCGAGUUCUUACAUCGAGUCAUUGAUGUCUUAGAAGAGUUUGUGGGUGCGCCAUUAUUGGCGCAAAAGAUAGAAAGUAGCUAUGAUGUUGUUGCUCAGCUUUUAAAUGAGAUGUGUGAUGCGGGCGCAGUUAGCUCGACAGAACCUAAUGCUUUAAGAGAUAUGGUGGAGGUAGAAGGAUGGAUUGGAAAGCUUCUAGGGGGUAUAACUAUUCCUGGGUUAGUAUAUACACUUCAUGGGAUACGGUUGGAAAUUUAGAAAGGGUACUAAGACCUCUACAGAAAACCCGGCUUCGCAACUCCCUCUACUUCGGGUAUGUCUGGAUUAUCCUCCACAGGAACACUCGCAGCGAAUACACCAGCACUCCCUUGGAGAAGAGCAAAUGUACGACACACUUCGAAUGAAUUAUAUGUGGAUUUGGUUGAAUCACUCACUGUUACUCUUGCGCCGUCUGGUCGACCAUUGGCUGCGUUUGCAAAUGGAACUAUUGCGUUCACAUCAAAGAUAUCCGGAGUACCAGAUCUACUUUUAAAUUUGUCCACGCCAUCUGGUAGACAAAAUGUGAGCAGUGUUAUGGAAUUACCAGUAUUUCAUCCAUGUGUGAGGUUAGCGAGAUGGAGAGAAAAGCCAGGAGAACUAAGCUUUGUACCGCCAGAUGGACGGUUUGUUUUAGCUGGAUAUGAGGUAGAUUUACUCCCUUCUACGGGCGGAAAAUCUGGUACUACAAAUGCAUCUCAUCUAAAGUUACCUGUCAAUAUCGAAGUUAAAACUAGUCUUGGUCCUACCGGGUCUGAUUUCGAGGUUCGACUAUUCAUUGUCAAGGUUUCUGGUCAGGGUAAUUCCUCUUUAUCCUCAGGUUCAAAUUCCAGGGGCAAUAGCAAUGCCGCAGCACAUUUAAGCCGGGCCGCGUCGCAGUUUAGUGGUGGCAAUAUUGGUGGCAGUAGUGGUAAUAGCACAUCACCCAUCAUCGAAGACUUAGUAGUUACGGUACCAUUGCCAGCUGAUGUACGAAAUUUAUCCGAGAUUAAAGCGAGUAGAGGCGACACAACAUAUAAUCCAGGCGAAAAGAACCUAGAAUGGCAUAUACCAGCCAGAGAUGCCAUGGUAGGUGGAGCAACCUUGCGAUGCACAGUAGUGGGACCAUUAUCAAGCGAAGAAGAGUACGAUGGGAAUGGUUUCAGACUUGAUGGAGAAUAUGAUUAUGACACAGAAACAUAUCAAAGCGCCCCGGAGAAAACGAAAGUGGAAAGUACCUCGAAUAAUGAAAGCAAAGAUGCAAGAAAAGUAGCGCAGAAUAAAAUCCUGAUGCCUAGUUCGGCGGCAGUUAGCUUUUCAGUUAAAGGGUGGCUAGCUAGUGGUAUCAAAGUGGAGAGUCUAACGAUUGAUACGAGGAAGAGCAGAGGAAUGGGAGAGGGCAUUAAACCUUAUAAAGGGGUUAAGUAUUUGACGGUUAGUAGGGGUGGUAUUGAGGUUAGGUGUUAAGUCAUGUUAAGCAUUUAGGUUGUGGAUAAGGCGGAUUUAGGCGUCUUGGUCGAUGGUAGGUAUGCAUAUUUAUAGAAAUGAAGGAAUAGGGAGAGAUACCAUUCCUGAAAAUUGAAUCCAAUUAAAAGGAUUCAUGAACGCUACCAGAGCUGUGCUACUGAAGUAGAAACUUAGUAGUUCUACAAUCAAUCAAUUUCGAAUAUCCAGGCAAAACCAAAAACAAAAAGGCGAAAAACAACAACAUACUCCUCUCCCUCAAC